AUGUUAUACCCCGAACAGCUAGCAACUCGCAUUUUCGCACCUGAUCUUGAACAAGAGCCAAAGCGCCUAGACCCAUGGCAGACAGUUGGGGGGGAAAUCCUCGCGGCGGAGGCCGCGGGAGAGGCGGAAGAGGUGGAAGUGGCGGAAGAGGCGGAAGUGGCGGGCGAGGCGGACGAGGCGGGCGAGGGUUUAGCGGAUCAUUUGGGGGUUCAAGGGACUCGCAAGGUUCAGGGUAUAAGGGAGGUUGGGGCGGGUCUGGGCGGGGAUCGGAUGGAGGAGGGGGAAGACGAGGGGGAGGCUGGGGAGGCGGGCGCGGAAGAGGGGACGAGAGGGGCGGAAGAGGCGGGGGACGGGGCGAGUGGGGUAGACAGCAGGGCGCAGCUGGCGGAGCGAUUGGGCGCGGAGGGAGCGCCAGCCCCGGCGAUUCGAGAAAGCGCAAGUUUGAAGGCGCAGGCGGAGGUUCCAGCGACGGUGGAGGGGGAGGCGCGCGCGGGCGAGGGUGGGGGAGAGGCGGCGGGCGCGGGAGGGACGGGGGACGAGGCGGGGGACGGGGCGGCGGACAGGGGCGGGGGGGAGGAAGAGGGGAGAGCGCACCUAGCGGACCGAUGGAUAGGAAGCAGAGGAAGUUUUCUCCUCUCCUCCACCGCUCCCCCUCCUACCCUGUCUCCCUCCUUCCUCUCCCUCCCCCCUCCUCCCCGUUCCCCCUCCUACCUUUUGCCCCGCGCACAGGAGUUGGCGGAGGCGCGGAAGAAGCGCCGCCGCCCGCUCUUUGAUCUCGAGAAGGAGUUGACGCUGCUGUGGGAGAAGAGUCGGCAGAGGAACAUCGACAUGGAGAAGAAGCGCAAGCUGGUGACAAUGAUGACAGCGAAGAUGAAGGGGAAGAUGGUGGAGAUGGCGCGCUCACACACCGUGUCACGAGUGCUGCAGAUGUGCGUCAAGCACGGCCGCAAGGAGGAGCGGGAGGCUGUGUUUUCUGAGCUGCGCCCGCACUGCCGUGAGCUGGCCGUGCAUCCCUACGCGCACCACUUGGUCAACCGCAUGAUGGACCAUGCGAGCAAGGAGAAGAAGCACGACAUCGUGGGGCAGCUGAGGGGCCAUGUGGUCGAGAUGAUGCGGCACCCUGUCGCCAGUGCUGUCAUAGAGCAUGCAUAUCAACUCUCCCCACCCCCUCAGCGAUCAGCCCUAGCAUCCGAGUUCUUUGCGCCAGACUUCCGCCUCUUCCCCUCGCUCGCCCUCCCUGGCGCCGGCCGCCUCUCUGACCUGCUGGCCAACCUCCCCUCGGGCACCUCCCGCCAAUCAGUGCUGCAGCACCUGGAAACUUCCCUGCAGCCGAUCCUGGAGAAGGGGAUAGUGGAUCAUUCCCUGUUCCACCGCGUGCUAGCGGACUACCUGGGCGUCAUCUCCAAGAGGGAGGUGGCGGAGGUGAGGCAGCAGCUGAUGGGGGCGCUGCUGCUGCGCAUGGUGCACACGCGGGAUGGGGUCAGGAUCGCCAAUACUAUGGUGGCACAAGCAACUCCAAAGGAGAUGCGGCGGGUGGUGAAGGCGCUCAAGGGGGUGGUGGCGCGGGUGAUGUGUGACGACCACGGCCACCUGCUGCUGCUGCAGCUCUUAGAAUCCGCCUCGUCAGGCCCUAUCAACCGGUUCGUGAUCAAGGAGCUUUUGAAGGACCUGUUCGAGGUCAUGCAGGAGCGCAUUGGCCGCAGGUUCCUGCUGCAGCUGCUGGCCCCCUCCUCGCACCGCUACCUGCCGCCCGAUGCCGCCCAGGCCAUUGUGCUGGGCGGCAGAGUGGUGGAGGAGGUAAAGGAGGAGAAGGAGGAAGAAGGGGAGGAGGGGGAGGAGGAGGGAGGUGAGGAGGGAGAGGAAGGGGAGGAAGAGGAGAUGAUGGUGGAAGGGGAGGAUGGAGAGGAGGAAGGAGAGGAGGGGGAGGAGGAGGGGGAAGAGGAAGGGGAGGGAGUUGAGAUGGAAGAGGAAGAGGAUGAGGAGGAAGGAGAGGGGGAGGAGGGAGAGGGUGAAGAGGGGGAGGAUGAGGGAGAGGAAGGGGAGGAAGGAGAGGAAGGAGAGGAGGGAGAGGAGGGGGAGGAAGGGGAGGAGGGAGAGGAGGAAGGAGAGAAAACGAUCAAGCCCGGGAAGAAGAAGGGGAAGCUGGAUGGCAAGAAGAGAAAGGCGGCAGCAGCAGCAGCUGCUGCGUUGGAUGAUAGUGAUGAUGAUGAUGAGGAGGAGGAUGAAGGGGAGGAGGAGGGCGAGGGAGGGCAGGGGUCCCGGUCCCUUGCGAAGAGGAGGAAGCUUCUGGUGGAUUCGGGGUUGGCAGAGGAGAUGCUAAAGCUGGCAACGGAGCAUGCAGGAGCCAUGCUCACCUCUCAGUUCGCCUCUGAUGUCAUCUACGAGGUAAGAUGCACUGUUACAGUUUCGUAUAGCUUGCCCAAGGAGGGGACGCUUCUCUACUCGCCCUCCACCACCCCUCACUCCUCUCCGCCCUGCACUCUGCCAUCGCCGCCGCUGCCUCUGCUCCCCCACACCUCUGCUAAUACCGCUCCCUUCUUCAUUUCCCCCACCCCCCAUCUUCCCCCCCCAGCUUGCCUGAGGAGGGGACGCAUCUCUGCUCGCCCGCCACCACCUUUCACUCCUUUUGCCCGAGGAGGGGACUCCUCUCUGCUCGUCCAGCACCACCCCUCGCUCCUCUCCGCUCUGCACUCUGCCAUCGCUGCCGAAGCUGCUGCUCCCUGCCUCCCACUAAUACUGCUCCCUCCUUCCCUCCCUCCCUGUCUCGCCUCUCCCAGCUUGCCCGAGAACGCCAAGAGCGAGAAGGGAAAGAAGGGGAAAAAGGGGAAGGGGAAGAGCAAGGAGGGACAGGGUGAGGAGAAGGAGAAGGCAAAGGAGGAAGGGGAGGAAGGGGAGGAGGGGGAGGAGGGGGAGAAAGCAGAGGGGGAGACGGAGGAGCAACAGAGCCAUGUGCUGGAGGACUUCUUUGGGAGUAGAGUGCUCAGGAGACUGGGCGGUGCAGGGAGUGGGGGACAGGACACAGUGGCAGCACUGGCCCAUGCCCCUCACAAGCCAACAAAAGACGCCGCCCUGAAAGAAAUGGCAGCAUUCCUUGAUAAGCCCGAGUUUGCAGCACUGAAACGGCUGGUGGAGAGUCCUCCCACACACCACCACCACUAG